AUGUGUCAGUCCCGUAGCAUUAUGGAGCACAAUAAUGCAGACAGCUCGGUGUACAGUGUGGAGUAUGGAAAUGGGAAUGUGUCAAGUCCCAAGUCACAAGUAGGUUCUGAUACUAUCCUGAUGCCAACAUUCACAUAUAAAGUGAUCUCACAGCGGACUAUAACCCUGAUCAUCAUCUUCAUCCUCCUGAUCCUGGCUGGAGGUUCAGUCUUGGCCUGGUACUUUCUAGAGUACAGAGUUUGGACAUUAGAGGUGCGGGUGGAGCAACAGUAUAUAGGCAAGUUCUCUAUCCUGAGCAAGAACUUCUCCACCGCUCUGUCUUCACACACCAGUCGAGUAUUCCGGGAGGAGGCGCGCACCAUGGAGGCCAUGCUAGAGAAGCUUGUGAAGUCCUCUCAUGUGGCUCGCUAUUUCAAAUCCACCACUGUGUUUGCUUUUAGCGAGGGCAGUGUAAUGGCGCACUUCUGGCUCAUCCUGUCCCUCCCUGAGAGUCAUGCUGGGAAGGUCACCGUGCAGAAGGUCAGUGAGAGCUUACUGGGAACCAUGCAGCGCUUUCAAGAGACAGGUGUUGAGGAUACGGUUAGCUUUGAGGGAUACCAGUUUCUUCUGUCUUCAUUCUCUAUAACAGAAACCCAGCCCAAAGUUAUAGAUUUUUUGCAAGCCUCAUUUGAUUGCUACCGGUACCAGACGUUGUCUUCCAGUGUUCCUGUUGUUCUAAAGGGGCCAAACACCCAGCGCUCAUCAUGUCUAUGGCACCUGAAAGCCCCUGAGGGCUUCCAGUUGGAGCUGAGGGUGGAGUGGCUGCUACCUGAAUGCCGAGACCGGCUGGCCAUCUAUGACGCCCUUGCCCCUGCUGACUCCAGACUCAUCACCUCUCUAUAUGGCUGUAGCAGACAUGAGCAGGUAGUGCAGGUUUUAUCCUCUGCUGAUUGGAUGACGGUGGUGUGGAAACAGGGCCAGUACAACUAUAAAGAUCCGUUCUCUCUUUCUGCUCAGGCCUGGCCCAACAGGAAUUGCUCCUACAACAUCAACUUGGAGGGAAAGGCAGGUGUUCAGGGGACCUUACAGACUCCGUUCUACCCCAGCUACUAUCCACCUAAUACCAACUGUACCUGGCAGUUCACUAUACCAUCUUCGGAGUAUGGACUGACCCUGGAGUUUGAAGGCUAUGAGCUGAGUCGAGCCAGUUAUAACCAGAACUGCACACAAGGCCAGUGGCUCAUUCAGAACCGCAGACUGUGUGGUACGAGGGCUCUGCAGCCAUAUGCCGAGAGGCUGUACCUCCACUCCUCUACCACCACCGUUUCCAUGACAUCAGAGGUGUCACUCACAGGACCCGGCCUCCAAGUCCACUACAGCAUCUUCAACCAGUCAGACCCCUGUCCUGGUCAGUUCCUGUGCAGUGUCAAUGGCCUGUGUGUGUCAGCGUGUGAUGGGAUCUCAGACUGUCCUAAUGGUCUGGAUGAGAGAAACUGUGUGUGUAUUGCUCAGUACCGCUGUGUCGGGGACAGUCAGUGUGUUGACUAUUACAAGGUGUGUGACCAGCAUCAGGACUGCACUGAUGGGAGCGAUGAAAUGAACUGCACAAUAGGAGUUCCUUGUACUGAUAGGACCUACAUGUGCACCGAUGGCACUUGUUUGAAGAAGCAGAACCCUGUUUGUGAUUUUAUCACUGACUGUCCUGAUGCUUCGGAUGAGAAAAACUGCGACUGCGGUUUGCGCCAGUUCAGUACGCGAGUGGUGGGCGGAGUCGAUGCGAUGGAGGGGGAGUGGCCAUGGCAGGCCAGCCUGCAGAUCAGCGGACAGCAUAUCUGUGGUGGAGCGUUAAUCUCCGCCCAGUGGGUGGUGUCUGCCGCACACUGCUUCAACGAAGAUCGUCUGUACUUGCCUUCCAUAUGGACGGUGUAUCUUGGUAAGCUGCGUCUGAAUACCUCCACUCAGACUGAGGAAGCUCUGCGUGUGACCCACAUCCACCUACACCAGUACUACGAUGAUGAGAUCCAUGACUAUGACCUUGCACUGCUUAGACUUGAGAGACCCAUCUCGGCGGGCACACUAGCACUGCCUGCCUGCCUGCCUGAGCCCACACACCAGCUGGAGCCUGGUCUGCUGUGCUGGGUCACGGGCUGGGGGGCACUCAGAGAAGGAGGUGGCGUAAGCAACAUCCUGCAGAAGGUUGAUGUGCAGUUGGUCAGCGAGGAAGCUUGUAUCCGUUCCUAUGGAUACGUUAUCACUCCCAGAAUGCUGUGUGCUGGUUAUCGCCGUGGAGGAAAAGACGCAUGUCAGGGGGACUCUGGUGGGCCACUGGUUUGUCAGGAGCGGUCCGGUCGCUGGUUUCUGGCCGGUGUAGUGAGUUGGGGCCGUGGCUGUGGCCGACCCUAUUAUUACGGCGUCUACACACGCAUCACCAAACUCUCUCCCUGGAUCAAACAGCUCAUCGCAUCCUGACAAGCACAACACAUUGAUCCUUUUCUCAGUCAGGAGCUGCUGUCAGCUAUUCCUCAUCCCCCUGC